AUGGAGCCAAUCUUUGUUACUGCAGCAGCAUCCAAGGGGCACGGAUCAAGUUAUGUCGAUAGUAUGGGGUUCGCUUCAUUAAACGUGUGGAACAUGAAGACGUGGAAGGCUAUGACAGUUCUUCCUCUUGGUAAAGAUCCACCUGCAAUAACAUCCCUUAGUUUCAUUCACAAUGGGAAAAUUUUAGCGGCCGCUGCAACUGAUGGAAUGAUUCACAUGUUUGGUAUCCUCACAUGUAUUCCUGAACACUUGUGUUUGAAUGGAGCUUGCAAAACCAAGGUCAAAUCCUUUGGUCAAGGAACUGUAGCACGCACGUUCCUUGACCCCGAGAGCUCAAAAAAUUGCACACAUGAAAUGGCUUUAGAUGCCAAUGGGAGGAGACUGUUGGUCACAUCCGGUUCUGUAAGAGCACCCCUAUGCCAGGUACGGGGUCAUGCGAAUGGGUUGAGAACUCUCCCACACAGUGCUGCCAAAACUACAGUAGAUUGGCACCCGACGUUAACCAUCUUCUUAACAGGAUCAGCUGAUAACUCCGUCCGAUUCACUCGCCGUGUGUUUGAACUGGUUCGUUCUGGCUUUCACCCGAGCAAUGCGUCUUGUAUUCCUGUGUAG